AUGCAUAAAUCAAUUUUCUAUUUAAUUCAGUUCCUUUUAUUAGUUAGUAUUUUUCAACAAGGAUUCAGUUAUCUCUUGACUGUUGACGCUCAUGCCGAAGAAUGUUUUUUUGACAAAGUUGAGGUUGGCUCUAAAAUGGGUUUGAUGUAUGAAAUAUCUGAAGGUGGCUUCUUGGAUAUUGAUGUCAAAAUCAUUGAUCCUGAUGGUGAAUUAAUUUAUGAAGGCUUGAGAGAAUCUAGUGGAAAGUAUACAUUUGCGGCAACUAAAAAAGGCGCUUAUACAUACUGCUUCAGUAAUCAAAUGUCAACAAUGACACCAAAAGUAGUAUUAUUUAGUAUGGAAGUAACUGAACCAGAAAAAGUAGAGCUUGAAAAAGAUAAUCCAACUGGAGAAGAUGGAGAACAUAAGAAAUUGGAGACUAUGCUUCGAAAUCUUGGAUCUGCAUUGACAAGUGUUAAACAUGAACAAGAAUAUAUGAACGUGCGUGAUAAAAAUCAUAGAGCUAUCAAUGAAUCCACAAAUAAACGUGUUGUCAUGUGGUCAUUCUUUGAAUCAUUUGUGUUACUUUCUAUGACUAUUGGCCAGGUAUAUUAUUUAAAAAGAUAUUUUGAAGUCAGAAGAGUUGUAUGAUUUAAAUAUGUUUAAAAUACUUUUUUUUUUAU